AUGGAUAUUUUUGCAUGGGAGUACAAAGACAUGAUCGGAGUCCCUCGGGUCCUCACGUUGGAAGGCAAGCCCUUCGUGACGGAACACCGUCUGAACGGACGAAAGCAUAUAGAGUCGGUUCACCAGAAAAAUCACAGCCUCUCUACCGAUAGAGAUGAAGCUGCUAGAAAGGAGGUAGAAGAACUACUGAGAGCCAGAAUAAUAAGAGAGUCCACCUACCCGGUUUGGAUCGCUAAUCUAGUGAUGGUAAAGAAAGGAGACCGGGGGGGGGGGGGGUGGCGGAUGUGUGUUGACUUCACAAAUAUAAACAGAGCUUGUCCGAAGGACUGCUACCCCCUGCCUGAGAUCGAUUGGAAGGUGGAAUCGCUAACGGAGCACAAACUAAAGUGCUUCCUGGACGCAUAUAAAGGAUAUCAUCAGAUACAAAUGGCCAAAGAAGACGAAGACAAAACAGCGUUCUACACAAGAGCUACGUACCAAAGAUUGGUUGACAAGGCCUUCGCCACACAAAUAGGAAGGAACUUAGAAGCAUAUGUCGACGAUAUGGUCAUCAAAAGCAGGGAUGAGGAAGGCCUCAUAGAGGACAUUCUCGAAACCUUCGGGAACCUCCAUCUCAGCGCCGAGGACGAUCAGAGAAGCCCAAAGCUUAAACGGCAAACUCCCCGCACUCAGCCAUUUCCUUUCUCGGGGCGUAGACAGGGAGCUCCCUUUCUUCAAAAUAUUGAAAGGUUGUACCAACAACAAGGACUUGCAUGGACAGACGAAGCAAAUAAGGCUCUAGAGCAAAUGAAAGAGUACAUCACAAACUUGCCAACACUCACAACUCCAAAACCAAAAGAAAACCUUUUCGUAUACCUGGCAGCCUCGCCCGAAUGCGUAAACGCAGUGUUGGUAGCCGAAAGGGAUAGGCACCAAAUUCCGAUCUAUUUCGUCAGCAGGGUUUUGCAGGGCGUAGAAGCCAAUUACUCAGAAUUAGAAAAACUUACUCUGGCAUUGGUCCACGCAAUACGAAGGCUACGAAGGUACUUCCAAGCACACCCCAUUGUCGUGUUAUCUGAUAAACCGAUAAAACAAAUAUUGUUAAAACCAGAAAAAUCAGGACGGGUGGUUAAAUGGGCCAUCGAACUAGGGGAACGCGACAUAGAAUUUAGAGCAAGGCAUGCAAUCAAAGGACAAGUAUUGGCCGAUUUCAUCAGCGAAGUCCACGAAGGGAAGAAGUCCAUGACACACUCUGUGUCACUGGAAGUGGUAGGAAGUGUCGAACACGACACCUGGAAAUUAUACACUGAUGGAGCUGCCAGUUCAGAUGGUUGUGGAGCUGGCCUCAUGCUAAUUAGCCCAAAAGAUAAAGAAUCCACCUACGCAUUGAGGUUCGAGUUUGAAGUAACAAACAAUGAGGCCGAGUAUGAAGCGCUACUAGCAGGACUGCGGAUGGCAAGAGACAUGAAGAUCCACAACAUCCAUGCGUAUGUUGAUUCCCAGCUGGUGGCAUGCCAAGUAAAGGGAGAAUCUGAUGCAAAACAAGGCACAACAAAGUUAUACUUACAAAAGGUACGAGAGUUGAUAGAAUGUUUCAGCCACUUCGAAAUAGAAGAUAUUCGAAGAAAUCAAAACAAAAAAGCAGAUGCCCUGGGCAAGUUAGCUUUGCUCACAUUUGGGCACCUAGGAAAGAAAGUAUUAGUAGAAGUCCUAAAAGAAAGGUCAAUCGAAGAAAAGCAAGUAUCGGACCUUGUGGACGAAGAAGGGGAGAUUUGGAUGACUCCCAUCUACGAAUUCUUAAUAAGCGGGAUACUCUCAACAGAUAAAGACGAAGCCCGGAAAAUAAGAGUUAAGGCUCCACAAUACAAAAUCCUCGAUAAAAAACUAUAUAAAAAAGGGUUCGUCACGCCUUGGCUUCGGUGCGCAGGACCUAAGCAAGCAGAAAUGAUCAUCAGGGAGAUACAUGAAGGAAUUUGCAGAGCCCAUUCAGGAGCACGGUCCGUCGCAACAAAGGCCAUGCGACUAGGAUACUUCUGGCCAACUAUGCAUCAAGACUUGACGGCACUGUUAAAGAAUUGCGAGGCACGUCAGCUACGAGCCAAUGUCUCAAGACAGCCAAAGAACGACAUGACCCUUCAUACAGCUAACAGAACAACGCCAAAGCGAAGCAACGGAGAAACCCCAUUCCGCUUAGCAUUCGGAACGGAGGCCGUAGCUCCAGCAGAAUUCCUAGUUUCCACCUAUCGGAUGCUAAAUACAGAAGGAAAUAAUGAAGAAUUACGAAUAGAUCUGGAUUUGCUUGAGGAACGAAGGGAAAUAGUAGCCAUUCGGGAAGCCGCCUUCAAAAAGAAAAUUGAGGGAUACUACAACAAAAGGGUGAAUCCCACAAGCUUUAAGACCGUAGACUACGUAUUCCGACUAAAUAGCGCAAGCGAAAAAGAGCACACGGGAAAAUUAGGACCAACGUGGGAAGGCCCAUACCGAGUAUAG